UAUUCCGCGUUACAAUAUAAGUGGAUGUGUGUAUCUAAUGUUACAAGUCCGGGACAUUUAUUUAUAGCAGAUAACCUCUUGUUCUGUGUAGGAUUUGUUGAGGGUGCAAAUUAAUGGAAGAAACUGAGGAGAAUCAGAAGCAUUGCUGACAUGACAUGAAAAGGAAAGGUAUGCGCAGCAUCACAUAAUUUUCAGCAGUUUAGUUUGGAUCCAUGGAACGUAGCAAUAGCACCAUGCAGACGGAUUUCGUUGAAGUAACAUUAGAGGAAGGAACCUCGGGUUUCAUCAAAGUACACAAAGUUGUUCCACCACCCUACAAGAGCAGCUUUCAGAAGUUCUUCGCCAAGGUCAAGGAAAUCCUGUUCCCUGAUGAUCCUCUUCGCCAAUUUAAGGGAGAACCUCUUCAGAGAAAACUAAUCCUUGGUGCUCAAUAUUUAUUCCCUUUGCUUCAAUGGGUUCCUACUUACAACCUCAAACUCUUCAAAUCUGACCUUAUUUCUGGCCUCACAAUUGCAAGUCUGGCCAUCCCUCAGGGAAUCAGCUACGCUAAGCUUGCAAAUCUUCCUCCAAUUUUUGGACUCUAUUCUAGUUUUGUUCCUCCCCUUGUGUAUGUUGUUCUUGGAAGCUCAAUGGAUCUUGCAGUAGGACCCGUUUCAAUUGCUUCCCUAGUGCUAGGAUCCAUGCUGAAUGAGGAAGUUUCUCCCACUGCAGAAUCUGACCUCUUUCUUCAAUUAGCCUUGACUUCAACAUUCUUUGCCGGGAUCUUUCAAUCAGCCCUUGGAAUUCUAAGGCUUGGAUUUAUCAUUGAUUUUCUAUCGAAGGCAAUCCUUAUUGGGUUCAUGGGUGGAUCAGCUGUAAUUGUAGCUCUGCAACAGCUGAAAGGUCUUCUCGGAAUCAAACAUUUCACCAGCAAGAUGGCCCUGGUUCCUGUUAUGAGUUCCGUCUUUAAUAACAUCGACGAGUGGUCGUGGCAAACAAUAGUGAUGGCGAUUUGCUUCUUGGUGUUUCUGCUGGGUGCAAGACACGUGAGCAUAAAGAAACCAGAGUUAUUCUGGGUCUCAGCUGGUGCUCCUCUUGUGUCUGUCAUAAUUUCUACUGCCCUGUCUUUUGCAAUAAAGGCUCAACGUCAUGGCAUCAGUGUGAUUGGAAAAUUGCCAAGAGGAGUAAAUCCUCCUUCAGCAGAUAAGCUACUCUUUCGAGGAGAUCAUCUGCCUCUGGCCAUCAAAACUGGCCUUAUUACUGGCAUUUUAUCCCUCACAGAAGGAAUUGCAGUGGGAAGAACAUUUGCUACCAUGAGAAACUACAAAGUGGAUGGAAAUAAGGAAAUGAUGGCAAUAGGAUUCAUGAAUGUGGUUGGCUCCACAACAUCCUGCUAUGUUACAACAGGAUCUUUCUCUCGCUCAGCUAUCAAUCACAACGCAGGUGCUAGAACAGCAAUGUCCAACGUAGUAAUGUCUGUGACAGUCUUAGUGACACUGUUGUUUCUGAUGCCUUUGUUCCAAUACACGCCAAAUGUUAUAUUGGGUGCAAUCAUAAUAUCAGCUGUAAUUGGCCUCAUUGAUAUUCCUUCUGCUUAUCUCAUUUGGAAGGUAGACAAAUUCGAUUUCGUUGUGAUGUUGGCAGCCUUCUUUGGUGUCAUUUUUAUCUCUGUCCAAAUCGGCCUAGCUGUUUCAGUCGCAUUAUCAGUUUUAAGGAUACUCCUGCAAAUUACAAGGCCUAAAAUAGUAAUGUUGGGGAACAUACCUGCGACAAACAUAUAUAGAAAUCUUCAUCAUUAUAAGGAAGCCAUAAGAGUACCUGGUUUUCUUAUUUUAAGAAUAAAGGCUCCGAUCAACUUUGCAAACAUCACAUAUCUCAACGAGAGAAUAUAUCGGUGGGUAGAAGAAGAACAAGAUACGAUCAAAGAAAACGUCUGCCUUCAAUUUCUCAUUCUUGACAUGUCAGCUGUGAGUACCAUAGACACAAGUGGAGUCUCACUUUUCAAGGACUUGAAAAACGCAUUGACAAUGAAGGGUGUUUCGAUUGUGUUGGUGAAUCCUCUGGCUGAGGUGAUAGAUAAGCUGCAAAAAUCAGAUGAUGCUAAUGACUUCAUUCGAGCAGAAUACCUUUUCUUAACAGUUGGAGAGGCUGUAGCUUCACUUUCAUCAACAAUGACGAGACAAACACCAACCGUGCAAGACGCAAGGUGGAAUAUACCAUUGUGACUGAGUACUACUGAUUUGAACUUAAGAUAGCAGAAAAAAAGUUUAAAAAAAGAAGCAGCAGCAGGGUUGUGGCACAGUGAAUAGAGUUGGUAUGGACUAACUGAUGCAACUAUUUAGAAAAGUUGGUUCAACUAUUUAUGAUCUCAUGAAAUUGAAACCCUGUUGUUUCCUAGAUUCUCUUCAAACUCAAGCAGCCCUUGACAGUGAAUUGAAGUGGUAACAAGUUAUUGGCUGUGAACUUAGACAUAAGAAAUGUAGCAACACACAAGCUGAUUUAGACAUUCAAGUUGAUUUCCAUGUUCUGACUCAACAAAAUCUCUUAAGAAUAUCUGAUUUAUAUAAAGAUAAAACCCCAAAAGAGUGUACUACGUAAUCCACAAUGCUACUCAAU